AUGCCAUCAAUAUUCAAUCGAACGCCAGUCGAAGUUCGACAAAAAACCGAAAUCGAUCUUCUCAGAAGAAAAGUGACCGCACUGGAAAAGGAAAUUUCGGCCGAGAAGAAGAAUGUAGCUAGUUAUGUGAAGUCCGAAAAGGAUACUCUUGCAGCGUGGCGGAAAUACGUGGAGAAUUUAUUCAGGGGUCUGAGAGAGGAUUAUGCGAAUCUACAAGAGAGUUUGGAGCGGACGGAAGCGAAUUACAGGAAUGAAUUGGGAUUGCCUAGGUAUGAGAGGGAGGGAGUGGAAAAUAGUGGGGUGGGUAGAGAUGAUCAUCGGGAUGGGGAUGGUUAUGGAGCUCAGAGGAAUGAGUUUAGCAGAGAGAGUAAUCGGGGUGAAAAUGGUCACGGUGGACGGAGGAAUCAAGGGGGUCAAGAGGAUCAAACGGAAAAAGUUGAGUCUGAGACUCAAGGAGAUCAGGGCUUUGGGAAUGGAGGAGUCGAAGAAGCUCAAUCAAAUGCAGAUUGGGGGGGUGGGAAUGAAGAAGAGAAGAAAGAAAAACAGGCGGCAGGAGGUGAGUGGGAUAAGUGA